AUGUACACACUGAGAGCACAGCCCUGUCGCCGCCAAGUCCCUGCGGUGCGCCCUGCUGACCAACAGUCCCUCCUGGGUGCCCACCAGAGGAAGCUGCUGGGGAGCUGCUGCUUGCCGGGGAAGGGCCAUCCGCGCCCCCUGCCCCCUGCAGACCUCCCCGCAAGGACCCAGCGCUCCAGCCUGGUAGCCCUGGAAAGCCUCCCCCAGCCGGACUCCCCAAGGCAUGGAGGGCCCGAGUUCUCCUUUGACCUGCUGCCCGAGGCCCGGGCCAUUCGAGUGGCCGUCCAGCCCGGCCCCGAGGCCAGCGUGCGUCUCUGUCACCAGCGGGUCCUGGGGUGCGAAGAGCUGAGCAGCCCCUUCGAUGGUGGCGGGGGCCAGACUGUGGACCUGCCGUACGAGUUCCUUCUGCCCUGUCUGUGCGUAGAGCGGGGAGCGUGGGCGUCCUACCUGCAAGUGGACACCGUGAGGCGCAAAAAGUGUCCCUUCCAGAGCCGGCCGGAAGCCUACGGCCCGGACUUCUGGAAGUCAGUGCGCUUCACUGACCUCAGCCAGCGCGGUCAGAUGGUCAUGGCGGCCACCCUCCGCUGCCCGCUGAAGCUGGAGGCCUCCCUCUGCCAGGCGCAGGGCGGGCCGGCGCCCUGCCAGGACGUCCCGAACGCCAGGGCCCGGGAGUCGCAGGGGUGGUUCGUGUUGGAUCAGGUGGACCUGCACCCCCAGCUCUGCUUCAAGUUCUCCUUCGGAAACAGCAGUCACGUUGAAUGCCCGCACCAGACAGGUGAGCCCACGUCUUGGAACGUGAGCAUGGACACCCGGGCCCAGCAGCUGGUCCUCCGCUUCUCCUCUCGGACGCAGGCCACCUUCAGUGCUGCCUGGACGCCGCGGCCCGGCCGGGGCAGCCUGGCGCCCGCCCAGUACUCAGUUCACCAGUCUCGGGGCUCCAGCCCAGGGUCGCUGUACCUCAUCAUCCCCUUCCGGAGGCCGGGGGACUGUGUCCUGGUGUGGCGGUCAGAUGUCCAGUUUGCCUGGAAGCGCCUCCUGUGUCCUGAGGUCUCUCACAGACGCCUGGGACUCUUGCUGCUGGCACUGCUGGCUCUCACCGUUUUGGGGGGCAUUGUGCUGGUCCGCACCUGCCAGCGCCCACCACUGUCAGGAAGGGAGCCGGUGGGCACCAAGAGCCCAGUGCGGCACGGGAAGCGGAAAAGGCCCGGGGUGGCCCAGGUGCUCAGGGCACCCUCAGAGCCCCCCUCCUGUGGGAUCCCAGCCUGA